CCACAAGGAGGUCUAUGAGCAGGACGCACAUUCACUGUGUUUGGACAAGAACUUAAUACCAAAAGCUGGACACUUUUCUUUUAAACCUCCUGCUUGCUUUAUAAAACUCCAUUCGGGAGCAGGAUUUGGAAUUAGCUCUUCCUCUUUUUUUUCUCUCUCUCUCUCUCUCUCUUUGAUGCUUUUGUAAGGAUCAGGAGCCUGACAGAAAAAGUUGUGACAGAUUUAGAAAGCGGCAAAAAAAAAGAGUGAGUGCGAGACAGACAGAGAGCUUUGCCCCGGAGGUUUCUGAAGAAGAAACAGGAGACAGAUAAAGAGGCAGCAAUAAUCUGAGAGAGAGGGAGGGAGACAGAGGGAGGGAAGAGCACAGCUGUUGUGUAAAGAGAAAAUAUAGAUAAAGAAACGCGAGGAGGUGCACAAGAGUGAAGGGCGAGGAGAAGAGGCUGAGGAGGACAACCGAGUCUGGAAAGAAAAAGGGACAUACAUGGGAGAGUCUGCAAAUAAAAGACGGAGAGUGAGGAAUAAAACAUGUUGACGGUCAAGAAAGACGCAGAGAGAAGAAACACUGAAGGGAUAAAAGAGCAAACAGAGACAAAUCUGAAGAAGUGAACAGACACCUGACAUCAAAUUUGCAGUGAGAAUGGAGGCGCAGCAAGACAGGAGGAGAGACUUCCUCUGAAGUGACAGAAAACGGAGCUGGGUUUGACGACUUCCUCAUCAUGUUUUAUUCAGCUGGUCUCCCAAAUUCAAACAACCUGAGCCAGAAGAGCAACUUCGUCCCAGGAUAGAAUGAAGAGAGGAGCAAAGAGAUACCUGCCGAGUCUGUGAUACCCUCCUGCUCCUCCUUUUCCUCCUCUUCACCUCAGACUCGUCUACCUUCCUCUUCUCCUUCCUUUUCUUUCCCUUUACAUCCAGAUUUAAAUUCACUCACUUCCUCCUCCUCUGUCCUGAUAUCUUCUCUCCUCUCCAUCUCCUCACUAUGUGGAUGCCAGCUUUGCUCCUAUGGAUUCUUAAUAUCAGCAAUUUGUGCUCAGGACAAGACUAUCCGGACUAUUACCAAACUGGAGACAUGGGCACAGAGCUGUACCAGUUUGCCCCUGCUCAGCCUGGGAAACUAAACAACCACCCUCGCUCCCAGGAGGAAGAAUUAACAGCAGGGCAGGCUCCAGCGUUCUCAGAUGACCAGCCCAGUUUAAAGACAGUGACGAGUGUGGAUCAGCUUUUGCAGCUUAUAUACCCCGAAUACAGUUUGCUGCAGAACUGCCUGAGGAAGAAAUCAUGGCAUGCCUCCUCUUCCUCCUCUUCCCCUUCUUUUUCCAGCUCCUCAGCAAGCCCUUUAGUCCACUCUAACGAUGAGGAUCUGUGGGGUCAGCCGAGGGAGGAGCCUCUUUACAAAGUGGACGGGACUUUGGGAGUCAUCCUAGAGGAGAUCCAGCGGACCUCAUGCCAGCCCAGAGAGGUGUGUGUUGAGGUCGCCAAAGAAUACCCAGAAUCCACCAGUCAAUUCUACCUCCCUCGCUGUGUGGCGCUGCAUCGAUGUGGCGGAUGCUGCACAAACGAGGCCUUCUACUGCACGAACACAAGUCACACGCUCAUCAACAAGACGCUGAUGGAACUGUCCCCGCCCAGGAUGGAUCGCUCCGUCGUCAUGGUAACCUUCGUCAACCACACUUCGUGCGAAUGCCUCUCCAAGCGGCCACUCCACACCAUCAUAAGACGAGCCGCAACAGAUCACCUGUGUUCCCCACCCGAAGUUCCCUGUGCCUCGGGGUCAUUAUGGGAUCCAAUGAACUGUGUGUGUGUCCCUACAGACGCCAUAAACUACUCAGAGACUGAGGCGCUGAACUCAGGUCUGCUGGCUCUCUGCGGGCCCAACAGGGUUCUGGAUGAGUCCACCUGCGAGUGCGUCUGUCGAAAUGGACUCACUGAGGACAGAUGCAAUCCAGGCUGGAAACUGGACCACAACACCUGCGAAUGCCAGUGUGAAGGUCAAGGUGAGGGGAAGUGGUGCCCCAUUGGCCAGCGGUGGGAUGAAGAGCUGUGUGGCUGCGUGUGCGCUGCGGAGUGCCCCGGGAAUCAGCCCCUUAACCCCGACACCUGCCUGUGUCAGUGCAGAGAGAGCCCACAGUCAUGUCUGCGGCAGGGCAGAAAGUUCAACUCCAACUCCUGCAGCUGUUACAGGUUGCCCUGCAGAAAACCCAGACCCGUUUGCCCGACUGGUUUUUACUACAGCCCCCAAGUCUGCCAGUGCAUCCCCAACUACAUGAGGCCUGAGUGGAAUUAACCAAUCACAGACAGACAGGGGAGCAGAUGCCGCCAUUUAUUGGCCUUCAACUUGAGGUUAGAAACCUUUUGGCCUGACAACAAAGGUACAAGAACAAGGAAGGGCCUCUUGACAGACAGGAGGACAGGAAGGUGGAUCUACACAUUUACUGGAUUACAACAGACUACAAGAAGCAUUUGUCUGUGCUCUGGCACAAACGAGGGUGGGAGUGCUUCAAAGUGAGACAAAAAGGCCAAAACAGCCACGUGUAUGCAGCAAAACUCAUAAAAGUGGAGUUAUCUCAGCUGAAGAGAGAAAAGGAGGAGAGAUAUUUGACUCUCUGGGACUUUUCCCCAACACUAAUAACACGACUGUGACUGGAAGCAACCAAUCACACCUGGAGACUGCGUAAAAGCACAGCAGCAAGGAAUGGGGAAAGGGAUGGAUCAAUCAGACUCUGAGCCAGCGUUCAUCCCAGCUGCAACGUGUUUGAGCAAGAUAUUUAACCACCGACCUGCUGCAGAGGCAACGCUCAUGACUGUGUGAAAUGGAAAGUGGAAUAAAAUAAUAACAGACCAGACUCCAUGCUUUUUGUUUUAAGAUUAAAUAAGCUGUGGGCAACUUCACACUUUAGCAGUAUUGAGUCAUGAGAUAUUUAAGAGGUUGAAGUAUUUUUUUAGCAGAAUGUAAUGUGAAGUUGCCAGAGCCUUAUUCUCCCUCUUUUAGCAGAGGUGCAAACGGUGACAGUAUAUAUUGGUUUUUGGUACAGCAUUCAGAUUUUUUCCCUAAGAGUAGAGGUUUAUUGCCAGGCCCUGUUCAAUUAAAUGCUCAUUUCAACACUCCCAAACAGCUAUUAUAUCCUCCAGUUUCUACUUGCCUCUACUGAAGUGCUGCUCUUUGAAGAUUUCACUCACACACAGCUGAAUCCAAUCACAAUUGAUGGGUACACUCUUCGGUACAUUUCUGUUUCUUCUAGUAAUUUAACUUUACACUCUAAGUAAUAUUAUUUGUAAAUAUUUAAAUUUAAAAACUUUUUCAUAUUUAAAACUGAUAUUUUGAAUCUGGAAUCAUGUGUUGUAAAAUACUGUAUUUAAGUCACUAUCAUAACUAAAUAUUGUUUUGGGAUGAAACUAUUUACAUGUCUUUAUACUCCAGCAGUUCAAUAGCAUGGAGAAUUUAAAUUAUGUUCUACAUUCUCCAUUUUGUCUGCACUGCAAAAGAUUGAUUUUAACAGUUCAUUUAGACACCUAAUACAGCUUUGAAAGAAUAUGAUUUUAGGUCUCCGAAAUACACUAAAUGUUAGGAUGAAGAUUUGCAGUGUAAAAAUGAUUGUAGUUUUUGUGCUAUAUGGAUGUAGAGAUAAACUGAAACUAUUUUAUCAUGCUACUAUUAAAUAUUUAAAGUAGUUUUAUGGAUUAAAAGCCUUAGACUAAUA